AUGACGCAUCAGCGAUCUGGUGCUGUUGAUGGAGAGGAGUUCAUCGAGUUUAUGGACACCCAGUUCGUCACCGGACAUAUCCAGCGGACCUACCGCUUCUACAUGUUCAGAAACGGCGAUGGGAAGCCGCACAAGACCAUGUGGGUGACCGACCUGAACUAUGUCAAGAAAGAGCGAGAUCGAUGUUUGGAGCUGCUCCAGAAAAAGAGCCAAAGGAGAUCGCAAGAGACUAUGGUGAAGUUCCAGUCUCCAUCCUCCACGCUCCACCCAAGAGUAGGCCAAGUACCACACGGCUUGGUGUUGUCGUCCUCGCGGUUCCUGUCAAACUGA